AUGACAGACGGUUGUGAAUUUGAAUUUAUGGAAUACAUGGAUGAGCAGUCCAUUGACCGAAAUUUAAUAUGCAGUAUUUGUCAUAAGCCUCUUAAGGAUCCAGUUUGUACACCAUGCGACCAUACAUAUGGUCGCGCAUGCAUCACACAAUGGCUUAAUCAGAGUAACAAUUGUUCAUGUCCUAUGUGUGUUAAGAAGCCCUUAUCGAUCAAUGAACUCACCCAAGCCAGUCGUCCCUUGCGGAAUAUACUUGAUCAACUUCGUGUUCAGUGCAUAUUAUGUGCACAAACUGGUUUACAACGUGGAAACUUUGUGGACCAUAUUAACAAGGUUUGUCCAAAAUCAGUAGUUCAAUGUAAAGCUGCUGACAUUAAAUGUCCUUGGGAAGGACCACGUGAUGAAUUACAGAAUCAUAAUACGACAUGUAUUUUUGAACCAUUGCGACCAGUAUUAGCUUCACUAAUUGCUGAAAAUCGACAACUUAUCGAUCAUGUUCAACAACAUGACAAAGAAAUUAAGGAACUGACACAAAAGAUGUAUCAGUUACAAAAGACAGCGACAAAUGAACCGAACGAUGAAAGUGACGCUUCAUCAGUUUCAGAUUCACCCGUUGAUGAUACCAAUCACAAUGCGGAAGAUGCCAUAUAUAUCAGAUAUUUACCUGCUAUCGUCAAAUUUAAUGAUAUAUUUGAUCUAUUUUCAAAAGUUGGACGUAUCAAGUACAAUCCAAAUAAUCAGAAAACUGAAAUAUUUAUUUUUAAACAUCCAAACAAGAAGAACGGCUGGUGUAACGCAAAAGUAACCUAUGUCAACAAGGAAUCGGCCGCUGCUGCAGUUGCGGAAUACAAUGGUAAACAUAUUCCACAAUGGAAUACACGUCUUCAAGUAAAUAUAUUUCAUUCAAAAGGAAAGAACUUGAAUGCUUCUGGAAUAGACAGUAAUCAAGGAAACAUUCAUGACUGCCCAGAAGCUAAAGCUAUGGAAAACCGUAAAGAAUUUUCAAACAAAGAUGAAAAGGUUUCCCCCAUAGUUUAUCAACCAAAACCACAACCCGAAGACAAUCAGGCAACAGCGAAGAAUAAAAAAAGAUCACGUCCACGUUACGCUCCUCACGUUGACAAACCAACAAGUUAA